AUGGGGUCAGGGGCAUCAGUCUCUGAUAAGAAAUAUUUAGCCGAACAAGAGGCUAAAGCUCGUCAAAUUGACCGAGAGCUCCAACUAGAACGAAGGAAAAAAAUAUUAAAACUUCUCUUAUUAGGUCCUGGAGAAUCCGGAAAGAGUACAACAUUGAAACAAAUCAGGAUUAUACACGAUCAGGGCUUUUCGGAAGAAGAAAGAAAAGCCAAAAAAGAAAUUAUUUAUGCAAAUUUAUUGGGUGGGGUUUCUGAUGUCAUUACUUAUAUGGAAAGCAACGACGUCAAUUAUCAAAUUCCAAAUUCCAAAGAUUAUUCAAAAGUGAUUCGAAAAUUUUGCGAUGAAAGGCGAACAGACAUGGAAUUAACAAACGAUAUGUUUGAUGCCAUUGAAAGAAUACUCAUAGAUCCAGCAUUACAGCAAACUCUUGUGACGAAUCCAGAAAUAGCUGAUGAUAGCACAAGAUACUUUUUCCAAAAUUUCGACCGAAUACGCGAAAAGGACUACAUUCCGACACAGGAUGAUAUUUUGAAAAGCCGAGUACCAACCUCUGGUGUCGUUCAAUUUUCGUUCCUUAUCAAAACAUUCACGUUUCGUGUAUUUGACGUAGGCGGGCAGAAAGCUCAACGUAGAAAAUGGAUUCAUAUUUUUGAUGAUGUUCAUGCUGUGCUUUUCAUUACUUCCCUGUCAGAGUAUAAUCAACAGUUAGCAGAAGAUAAUACCAUUAAUCGAAUGCUCGACUCCAUUGACUUGUUUGACCAAAUAUGUAACAACGAAUGGUUCUGCAACACAGCCAUGAUACUGUUUCUGAACAAAAUUGAUUUGUUUGCGGAAAAAAUACAGCUUUUCCCAAUAACUGUUGCUCUGAAGAAUUAUAAAGGUAAACAGGAAUAUAGGCCGUCGCUUGAUUACAUCACUAAGAAGUUCAAACAAGCGAACAAGAAUUCCAAAAGAAGUAUUUAUAUCCAUGAAACAUGUGCAACCGACACGCAGCAGAUUCAGAUAGUUAUCAAUAGUGUGAUUGAUGUUGUCAUCCAACAAACCAUGCAGAAAGUUGGUAUUCAGUGA